AGAGAGGCGAAUCAUAGAGCGAUAUUUGUCAUCACCAUAUUGAUUUUUUCUCUUUACUAUAUUACUCCCUCCGUAUUUUAAAAAGAGAUACACUUUGACCGACACAUAGUUUUAGGAGAGUGGGUUGAAUUUAUUAAAAUAAGAUUAAAGUGGGUAAUGGGUAAAUGAUUUAUUGUAGUAAAAAGAUGAUGUGAGUAAGUGUAGGGACCUCAAAAAAGAGAGAAAUAUUAAUAUAAUUGGAAGUGGUGACCAAAACAUGUUUUCAAAAAAGGAAAGUGUAUCUCUUUUUAAAAUACGAUCGUUUAAGGAAAAUAUAUCUCUUUUUAAAAUACAGAGGGAGUAUAUAGAUAGUACUAGGGGUGGAAAUUGGGUUGUGGAUAGUAUUUAGGUCAUGUCGAUUUAGACCGGAUAAAGUUCGGGUGAAAAAUAGCUCGAGUUGAUUUCGGUAUCGAAUCAGGUCAGUCUAGAUGGAAUGAUAUUCGAUUUACUGUAAGUAGGAGUAUUACAAUUAAUUAGUGAAAUAACCAUAAUUAGACACAUUAUUGCUGGGUAUAUAUGGUUCGGGUCGGGUGUAAUUCGUGUCAAGUGAUUUCGGGUAGAAUUCAGGUCUCAAGUUGGAUAAUCGGUACGAGUCAAUUUUGUCCGGUCCCCGUGGUCGACUAGGUGUAUGGAUAAUGUAGGUCGGUGAGGCCCAAAUGUCUAAGGUGUAAGGUCACCGACAAUUAUAGCUAUGAAGAAAUCAUAGUGGGCAAACAAAACAGAAAAAGGAAAAGCCGUUAUUUAGAAUUCGCGGGAGAUGAGCAAAUUCAGGAAAAGCUAAACUAACUAACAAUUUUAGAAACGUUCUUAAUCAACGUUCUUAACCAUUUUCCAACUUUAUUAAUUAUUAUUUAGAGAGGCUAAUCAUGUUUUUAUUUUUGUUUUUUCCAUGAUUAGCUCAUCUCUAAUUUCCUAUAGGUAGGUUAGAAGUCUCCCAAUGGGGGAACUAUGUUGUUCCCUAGCUAAAUAUGAGAGAUUAAAUUAAAAUAAUCUCCCUAAAUAAUUAAUAUUAAUAAUAAAAAUGAAUGAUAUAAACUCUCAUAUUUUGGUGCAAUUAACAUUGAUAAUUGCACUAAUCCUAGGCAAUUCCAAUUGUUAUAAUAUUUCCAAUCCUCCAAAAAUUGAUGAUGUUUCAUUUGAUGGGGAUGGUGAUCUUCCCAAGCUUCAUGUUGUUUCAAGGUCAAAGAAAAACUUUCUAAUUGACUCAUCUUUCAAUUUUCCAACUCCAUUACCUUCUUGGCCAUCUGGUGGUGGAUUUGCAAGUGGAAUAAUUGAUUUUGGAGGUCUAGAAAUAGCCGAAGUGACAAAUUUCAGCAAGGUGUGGGCAACAUACAAUGGAGGACCAAGCGAUCAAGGCGCAACCUUCUUCGAGCCAAUUGGACUAGCAGAAGGGUUUUAUCUGUUGGGUUAUUAUGCCCAACCUAAUAACAGACCUCUAUUUGGGCGUGCUCUUGUAGGUAAAGAUACUAGUAAUCCUGCUAAUCCUGCUUUAAGGUGGCCUGUAGACUAUGCUCUUGUUUGGAGUAGUAAAUCUCAAACUGUUAAGGAAGACUCUCCUGGCUACAUUUGGGCUCCUAUCCCAAGAGAUGGCUACCAAGCCGUGGGCCUUGUGGUUACCUCAACCCCUGAGAAGCCACCCUUAGAAAAGGUUCGUUGUGUUCGGUCUGAUUUCACCACGUUGUGUGAACCCGAUGAUUGGAUAUGGGGUCGUGAAGGGGGUGUUGAUAGUGACGAGUUCAACAUUUUCGAGUCCAGACCUGUCAGGAAAGGAAAGCAGGCAUCAGCAGUGAGCGCAGGGACAUUUUUAGCAAAAAGUGGUGGAGGAACAACAGGGGAUACUCCUCUGCUAGUAUGCUUAAAGUAUACUCUAAAAAACAACACAUACAUGCCUAAUUUAGAACAAUUGGAGGCACUGAUAAACACCUACUCUCCAAAGAUAUACAAUCACCCAAAAGAAGAAUACUUGCCUUCAUCAGUUGAGUGGUUCUUUCAAAAUGGGGCAAUGUUGUACAAGAAAGGAGACGAGUCAAAUCCAGUCCCUAUUGAUCCCUCAGGGUCGAAUCUUCCACAAGGCGGCACCAAUGAUGGUGAAUAUUGGAUAGAUCUUCCAAAGGAUCAAAAUGAACGGGAAAGAGUGAAGAAAGGUGAUAUAGGAUCAGCUUGUGCAUAUUAUCACAUUAAGCCUAUGCUUGCAGGAACGUAUACUGACUUAGCUAUAUGGUUGUUUUACCCUUUUAAUGGACCGUCUAGAGCUAAAGUUGGGUUUUUAACUAUACCUUUAGGUGAAAUAGGGGAACAUGUAGGGGAUUGGGAGCAUGUAACUUUAAGGAUUAGUAACUUUAAUGGUUUGUUAAGGAAGGUGUUUUUUUCACAACAUGCUGGGGGUGAAUGGGUGUACCCUACAGACCUUGAAUUUGGUGAUGGUAAUAAUAAGGUUGUAGGGUAUGCUUCUUUGCAUGGUCAUGCUACUUACCGUAAACCAGGGGAGGUGUUACAAGGUUCUAGUUAUGUUGGAAUAAAGAAUGAUACAGAGAAGAGUAACUAUGUGUGGGAUACUGGUAAUGGUUACAAGAUUAUCUCUGCGGAUUAUCUAGGCACAGUUACUGAGCCGGCAUGGUUGAAUUUUGCAAGGCCAUGGGGUCCUAAGAUUACUUAUGAUACUAAUCAUGAGAUUAAUAAAGUUGCUAAACUUUUGCCAGGGAUACUUAAGGAUAAAUUCAUUGCUUUUACUAAGACCUUGCCGGCUGAGUUGAUGGGGGAACUAGGGCCUACUGGUCCUAAGAUGAAGAAGAAUUGGGAUGGAGAAGAGGUUAACUAAUCCGGAAUUGCUUCUGUUUUUGUUUUUCAUUUUCAUACUUGAUUUUCAUUUUCAUUUCUAGAGUCUGUUUUAUUUUCAACUUCAUGUAUAAAGAUUACAGGGAUACAUUGUUUGCUUAUUUAUUUUUAUUUGAUUUUCAUUUUCAUUUCUAGAGUCUGUGCUUUUAUUUUCAACUUCAUGUAUAAAGAUUACAGGGAUACAUUAUUUGCUUAUUUAUCCGUAUUUUUAUUUGAUUUCA